AUGGUCCCAAGCGGCGCAAGCAAGCUCGGCGCGAAUGGUCAUUUCGGCCCUCUUGAACUUGCAUUCGCGCCCCAGCGAACGCAGAAAGAACGGUUCGCCAAAUCUUGA